AUGCACUCCCCAUCCUGGAAAGCGGCCCUCUUGGUGGCCCUGGUUCUCCCCCUCACCCUGGCGCAAAACAUCCGCGCCAUAUUUCUCUUCAAGGACGUUCUCAAGUCCAACACCACGGCCCUGACCCAAUCGGGCUUCAACAGCGCCAUCAUGUUUGGCGUUGGCGUCGUCGCAAACGGCAGCAUCAUGUACUACUCCAACACGCCCGGCACCUCGGACGUCAUGAUCGCCUCGGGGGGUCGGUACGUGGGCGGGGCGGCCCUGCAGGACAAAGUGCGGUCCCUCAAGGGCAGCGGCAGCAAGAUAACGCGCGUCGAGAUCUGCAUGAACUCGGCAAACAUCCGCGAGCUGAUGAACAGCCCCGGGCCGGGCGCGGACACCGACAUCUAUCGCAACUUCGCCGCGCUCAAGACGGCCUGGAACCUGGACGCGGUCAACAACAACGACGAGGCCCUGUACCACGUCGCCAGCACCGUGACCUUUGGCCGCAUGGUCGGCGCCAUCGGGUACAAGUACUCGGCCACGCCCUACACGCGCGUCGCCUUCUACCAGGACGUCAAGAAGCAGCUCGGCGCCGCCCUGAUGGACCGCUUCUACCUGCAGUGCUACGACGGCGGCGCCAACAACGACCCGCUGCAGUGGCAGACGCAGCUGGGCGCCAAGGUCGUCCCGCUGCUGUGGGUCGUCAACGACAGCAAGCCGUCCAACGGCCAGACGCCCGCGCAGGCCAAGACCAAGUUUGCCGCCUGGAAGGCCAAGGGCGAGCUGGGUGGCGCCGGCUACUGGAACGAGUUCGACAUUGAGAAGAUGAAGUCUAGCUACACCGACUAUGCAAACGUCCUCAAUGAACUGUUCCCGGGCGCCGCGACGGCGGCAAAGGUGGCGAGGAAUCACUUGUCGAGGAGGAGCACCUGGCAAGGAAAGGCGCGGUCUGUGCCGAGGAGGAUGACUGCUUGA